UCACUCAGUCCUUUCAUCCGGAAGUAGGCGGUUCCGGAAGUCCGUUCCCACAGACGGAAGUGAAGGCCGUGGCCCGUCGGCUGGACUGGAGACGUCUUGGGGCAGCGAGAAGGGAAAUUCCACUCAAGCUCCAUUUUGAGAAACGUUUAUCAAGGUUUCCUCCACCUGCGACUGCUGUCCUUCCCUCCACACAUCCACCCGUCUUCUAGUCGGAGUCGAUCCUGGUGUCCUUCGCUCCUUUCUUCCCUUGUCCUCUGUGUCCUUGCUGAGCUCCAGUCCCGGCGUUAGCCCAGCCUGCUCUCCUCUAGUGCUGGCAUGGCGGGCCGAGGAGGAGCGACGCGGACCAACGGCACUACCGCUGCCGCCGCCAACAAGAUCUGCCAGUUCAAACUGGUGCUGCUGGGAGAGUCGGCCGUGGGCAAGUCCAGCCUGGUACUGCGCUUCGUCAAGGGCCAGUUUCACGAGUAUCAGGAGAGCACCAUCGGAGCCGCAUUCCUCACACAGACAGUCUGCUUAGAUGAUACAACAGUAAAGUUUGAGAUUUGGGACACAGCCGGACAAGAGAGAUACCACAGUCUGGCCCCAAUGUACUACAGAGGAGCCCAGGCUGCCAUUGUAGUCUACGACAUCACUAACACAGACACUUUCACCCGAGCAAAGAACUGGGUAAAGGAGCUCCAGAGACAGGCCAGCCCUAACAUCGUCAUCGCUUUGGCUGGGAACAAAGCCGACCUUGCUAACAAGAGAGCUGUGGAUUUCCAGGAAGCGCAGGCGUACGCAGACGACAACAGCCUGCUGUUCAUGGAGACAUCCGCUAAGACCGCCAUGAAUGUCAACGAGAUCUUCAUGGCCAUCGCUAAGAAGCUUCCGAAGAACGAGCCACAGGGCGGAGCAGGACCCGGAGGACGGGCUCGGGGCGGAGUCGACCUGCAGGAGGCGGCACCUCAGGGCAGAUCCGGCCAGUGCUGCGGAGGAGGCAACUAAACCGUCCGUCCUGUCGUGUGGAGACCGUGGCCGAGGAUCAACACAGACACAUCAUCAACCAACUCACAGUCUGACAGUUAUGUCAAUUCACAGCCCGAGCGGAAAAUCUAGUCAGUUAGACUGUGACGUCCAUCAGAUUCUCCUUUCUGAACUGACCAAAGGGGCCAUUCACAGCCACUUGUAAAUAUUCUGACCAAUUAUCCCUCCUUCUCGUAGGCAGAGCCACAACCUACACUUUAACAGCUGUGUUUAAGAAUCAGCCACCUGUCAAAAAGAAAGAAAAAAAAAAAAAAGAAUUUGGGGAAUAAGGAGGGAAACCGAUCAAUUUUGCCGCACUUAUCCGGAGAUGUGAGGUUCUUGUACUAGUCUCUAUUCAAACAAAAAAAUCAACACUGCAGCUGAAGGGAAAACAGGCUUCCUUCUACUUUAUAUAACCUCUCUCUCUCUCCCUCUCUCUCCCUCUCCCUCCUCACAGUGCACUCUGACCUUUUUUUUUCCUCUCUCUCCAUCUCUGGGCACAACACCUAACAAGUAUUGAAUUCUUCUCUCCUUCCCGAUUUGUCUAAUUUCCACCGAGACGAGAUGGACAGAUGGGAGCGAGAGACUGUUUUCCCUUCAUGCGCAUUUCUGUAGAUUCUGUAUUAUUCUUGGUUAUUGCUAUUAUUAAUGUAAUUCUUAUGAACACCACUAUUCCCAGACUAAUGACUAUAAAGGCUAGAUUAGUUUCCCCCAAAAUCAUUACUGUCCAAGAUCUUAAAGUGUAAAUGCAUAACGCAUUAACAGCCAUAACACCAGUGUCUUUAAAAGCAUUAAUGAAAUAAUCGACUUAUCAAAUCAUUCGAUCAACCAAGCUGGUGUUAAACACGUAUGAUGCAAGGCAAGGUUCGCUUCCUCUGACCAAAAUCACAAUAUAUGUGUAUUGAAAAAAAUAACUAUGUUGCUGUAUUUGUACUUUGUAUUUUCUUCCUUUUUUUUUUUUCUGGAAAAAGUAUAUCCAAUCAUUACCCAUUAUCAAUACAAUACCUUCCCAAAACAGAUCAAUCAUCCAUCUAGGUUUUCCCCUUUUCAUUUUGGUGAAAUGAAUUUUGUAAGUUUCCUCUGUGUGCAUGAUUUAUUAUUAUUUUUGGAUCGUUAUUUUUUCCAUUCUUCUUAAGGUGAACUGAUAUUUUUCAACUUGUGAUUUAGCACAACAGACCAGAACCGCUGCCCAGGGUUGGACAAAUGUUAUGUUUUGUUGUCUUCCAUGGAUGGGGGACACAAACAGCAAUCUCCUACGUGUAAUUUUACCAAUAAAAAUAGGGGAAGGUA